CUGACAUCACCAAGGUCCUUCUAGUGCCACCACCUUUCAAGAAAUAUUUAGUCCAGGCUGUGGAGCUCACGUUUAGUACCUGUUUUGGCAAUUACAACAAGCUUGAUAACGUCAGCCAUCUCCAGGGCUUAAAAUGAAGGCGGUAAUCUUGGCUGCUGGCUACGGAACAAGACUUCUGAAAGAUCUACAGAAUGUAAAUGAACAACGAUUGCAAGAUCUCAUUGGAACGCCAAAGCCAUUACUUCCAAUUGGAGGUUCCCCUUUAAUUUCUUAUUGGAUAGAGGCUUUAAAAUCAGCACUUGACCCUAAAGAUAUUUUUAUUGUUACCAACGAUAUGUUCUUCAGUAAAUUCAAAGAUUGGUCAAAGAAUUACCCAUCUGUAACAGUAGUUAGUGAUGGAACAUCUACAAAUGAGGAGCGCCUAGGUGCUGUGUCUUGCCUCCAACUAAUUAUUGAAAAAUUUAGAAUAGAAGAUGAUAUAAUCGUUAUUGGAGGAGACACUUUAUUUUAUGAAGACUUUCAUCUACAAGAUGUUCUUAAAAAAUACAAGGCUUUAUAUCAAGACAACAAUCAAGCAAACUUGGUGUUAUCAUACAUCUGCAAGGAUGAAGAAACUACAAAAUAUGGCAUAUUGGAAGUAGAUGAAAGCUACAGAAUCAGAGCUAUUAAGGAAAAGCCACUGGCCACUGAUACAGCAUCAAGACAAGCAUGUCCAUGCUUCUAUAUGUUUUCUAACCACACACUACCAUGUGUAAAGACGUUUCUGAAUGAGAAAAAGGAUGCACCAAUUGAUGAAAAAGAUGCUCCAGGUCACUUUUUAUCUUGGCUUGUGACAAGGGGCUUGAAGCUGUGAUCUUCUGAUUACUGUUAUACUAUACAGUUCAUCUGUACUGCAGCAUAGUAUAUCAAACUGUCAGUAUUACACACAUAGCCCGAGCCUCAAAGGCCACCGUAACUGGCAACUUCGGAGGCUAUGAUUGUGAUUUGGCCUCUGGCUGCUACAGCAUCCAUCAGAACCCUGCAACUGCAUCUAGCCUCCCAGUCAGAUUUGUAGAUGUUACGGCAGGUGCUCGGCUGUGUAUGACAGCAGGCUCCUGCUGCUUCUCAUUCUAGUAACUCUCUGUGACGGGUAUACUUGUUGUCUACCUUUCUGCAAUGACGUGUAUACACGUCAUACAGAGGGAAGAAGUUCAAUACUUAUGGAUUGUGGAUCUGAAUUAAAAAAAAAUUGCAUGCUCACAUGUGCUAGAGACAUUUCUACCCU